AUGGCUCCUUUGUACACAAAUAUAGAUGCACUGGUCACGCACAAAACAAAUCAAGCGUUGAAAGUACGGUUUGUGAGAGUUUAUAGCAGAUAUGCUCCUGGAUCAAAGACUAAAAUAUCUCGGAUAGAAUGUGUAGUUCAUGAUGAGCAGGGAACUAGGGUACAAUUAACUGUACCACAGAAGUUGAAAAAACAGUUUGGAAACAAAUUUAAAGAAGGUUCAGUGUAUCAAGUUAUGAACUUCAUGGUGAAAAACAAUGGUCCCAAGUUUAAGACAUUUGAGGAGAUAUUACAGUUGAAGAACACUGAUCAAGUAGGAAUGUUUGAUGUCAUUGGAGUGAUUAAUGGCAAAGGAUUUGUGAAGAAUGACUCAGAGUCAAAGAUGGUUGAAUUAAAAUUGGAGGACCAGAAUCAAAACCAGAUUUAUUGUACUCUAUGGGAGGGCUUUGUGGAUGCUUUCCUCAGCCAAGCUGACCCUCAUGAUCACAGAGCUCAUAUCAUAAUUGUUCAGCUUUGCAGACCUAACUUUUAUAGAGCUACAUCUUAUAAUGCUUCUAGGAUUUUUCUAAAUGCGGAUCUUCCAGAAAUUCAUGAAUUCAGGAAGCAGAUUGCUGGGAAUGAAUCAUAUCCAGAAAAGCUCGAAUUGACAUUUGACAAAGGUUAUGUUGAAAAAGAUGAUUUUCUGAAUGGAAAUAUAACUGUUAAAACACUUGAUGACAUUUUCUGUACUCAGUUUCUUCCUAUGAGUUUUGGCAGGGGGGAGCACUGGAUCUGUGCUAAGGUUGAUAGUGUUGAUUGCUACUCCCAGUGGUGUUAUGAUGCGUGUAGGAAAUGUACUCGCAAAACUGUGAAAUUAAGUGGGAGGUUUUAUUGUUCACACUGUGACAAGUAUGAUAGUGUUGUCAACAAGAGGUACCAUCUGCUUUUGAAUGUUGUGGAUUCUACCAACAAUGCAUGUUUGUUGGUGUGGGACAAAGAUGCAGUUGCAUUGAUUGAAAAAAAAGCUUCUGAAAUAUCUAUGGAUGAUGAAGAGGCUGCAGAUCCUAAAAUUGUGCCAAAGGAAAUUGAUCGGGCAUUGAUUGACAUAAUUAUUAUGUUUAAAAUUUCAAUGAAAUCAGAAUCAUCAUUUCUGGAUGAUAAGCCCUAUACAGUGUUGAAAACUUAUACAGAUCAAGUUGUGUCUACUCAUUUCUGGGAGGAAACUGAUGGUGGGGUGGCUGUACCCCUGAAUGAUCCGUCUGAGGAAGCUUAUUUGGAGCACUGUGAAUCCCUAUCUCAAAUUACUGAUCUCACAGAUUAUGGAGAUGGGUUGUCUAUGCCUAUCACUGCUGCACUUACAGGGGGGUCUGUUUCAUCAAAAAAUAAUGACAUGAGUACUGAAGUAUCCUAUGUUGAAGAUGAAGCAUCUCUCACAAAGAAUAGAACAGAUGAAGUAUUAAAGGAUAAUACUUUUAUUGAAGCUGAUGUUUGUGUGAUGCCUAGCCUUGUAGAUGUUCUGUCUAUGAUAGGUGGUGUGGAAGAUUGUGUGUCUUUGUCACAGGAUAAUGAUUUCAAUAUGGGUGGAAGCUGUAUUAAGGCUUCUGGGGAUGUGCUGAAUACCCCAGUCAAUGUUCCAGUUGGAGAGUAUAAUGUGGGUGUUGUGGAGGAUUUUGUGACUUUUCCGCAGGAUAUUGAUUUGAAUAUGGGUGGAAGCUUCACUAUGGUAUUGUAUAGUUUGUGUGCAAUAGAGCAAAAUAAGAAGGAUUUGGAGGUGAAGAGGCCAGCUAAAGCAUGUAUGAAGCUAUCCUUUGUCUCCCCUGUGUUGAAAAAUGGCAUUCCAACUGCUUGUUUAAAUGCUGCUGAUAUUGAGAUUGAAGCUGAGAAAUGGAAGCAUGCUAUAAUAUUGUAUGUUGUUGGGGAUUCGCCUACUAUUUCUUAA